ACCAACACAACGACAACCACCCACCCCAUUCGUCCAUCGCUAAACACCUCCACAACCAGGACCAUUGCCACAACUAUCCUGGGUAAUACCACUGCAAACUCAUCAACACCCGUCCUUCCUGUAAACACCGCAACAGCCUACCCAACAGCCUCCACCACGACAGCCGUGAUAACAACCACCGCAGCACAAAACACCACAGAAGCCAGUAGUGAAGAGCAGGUCAACCAGUUGCUGGAUCUGACAAGUGACGUGUCCAAGCUCAACUCCUCCCAGGUGGACCAGCUGGUGUCCCAGCUAGAGGCCCUGCUGGCUGGGCCCAACGUCAGCCUGGCUCUGGGGAAAACCUCUGUCACGAUUGUUAGCAACCUGCUGGGUGCCUCCUCUGACACCCUGGCCUCCUCCUCCACCAAGAUCAUUGGGAUUGUUGAUACUGUGGGCCUGAAGCUGGUCGUUCAGGAAGAGGCUACGAUUUUAACCGAAUCGGUCGCUCUCGCCGUCAAAACGGUGGACGGCACUAAUUUCCAGCGAACAUCUUUCUCCAUCCGAGACCCCAACAGUGUGCAGAUCCGUGGAGACAACAGAGCCAGGAGGAGUGUGAGAGCAGAGGCGUCCUCGCUCCCUCAGGGGUCUGUCACGUUCCCCUCUUCCCUCACAGCGAACCUCUCCCCUGAGCAGCAGCUACAGGCCUCCAGACUCCAGUUYAACUUCUACCAGAAGACCACUGUGUUCCAGGACCGAGCCCUGGGAGACAGCAAGCUGAAUAGUGGAAUCCUGGGGGCCAGUGUGGCCAACCUGUCAAUCAAGUCUCUGCAGGAGGACGUGGUCAUCACCCUGAGAAACACUGAACCUGUCUCAGCACAUUUCGUGGUGUCAUGUGUUUUCUGGGACUUUGGCAUGAAUGGAGGCUCAGGAGGCUGGAACCGAGAYGGCUGCUCUGUCAGGAACAGCACAGAUAAUGAGACUGUCUGUGCCUGCAACCAUCUCACCUGCUUUGGUGUUCUACUGGACAUGUCCAGAACGGGCAUAACCAGUUGUCUCCAGGCCACAAUCCUCACCUACAUCACCUACAUUGGCUGUGGUAUCUCCGCCAUCUUCCUCUCCAUCACUCUGCUCACCUACCUGGCAUUUGGGAAACUGCGUAAGGACAUCCCAUCUAAGAUCCUGAUCCAGCUGUGUGUGGCUCUGUUGUUUUUGAACCUGGUGUUCUUGGUGGAUGGUUGGCUGGCCCUCUACCCUGACGCUGUGGGCCUCUGCAUCUCCACCGCCUGGUUCCUGCAUUACUUCCUGCUAGCUUCCUUCACCUGGAUGGGUCUGGAGGCCGUCCACAUGUACCUGGCCCUCGUCAAGGUCUUCAACACAUACAUACCACGUUACAUGCUCAAGUUCUCGCUCCUUGGCUGGGGAACUCCACUCCUUGUGGUCAUUGUAGUUAUUGCCGUUGAUAAGGACAACUACGGACUAGUUGGCUACGGAAAGUACAUAGAUGGCUCCCGCACAGAUGACUUCUGCUGGCUGAAGAACGAUAUUGCCUUCUACGUAACCGUUGUGGCUUAUUUCUGUGUCAUCUUCCUGAUGAACCUCGUCAUGUUUGUGGUAGUGAUGGUUCAGCUGUGUCGGAUAAAGAGGCAGAACCCCGACAACAAGAGGCACCGUGACGGGCUGCAGAACCUGCGCAGUGUGGUUGGAGUCACAGUACUCCUGGGUCUCACCUGGGGCUUUGCCUUCUUCGCCUGGGGGCCCGUCAACCUGCCCUUCAUGUACCUCUUUUGCAUCUUCAACUCCUUUCAAGGGUUCUUCAUCUUUGUGUUCCACUGCGCUGUGAAGGAGAACGUGAGGAGGCAGUGGAGGACUUCUCUCUGCUGUGGUAGACUGAGACUGGCAGAGAACUCAGAGUGGAGCCGCACCGCAACACAGAAGACAGGGAAGAAGUCAUUGCCAGUGACCAGAGCCACGUCCCUCCACUCCGACAACUCCUUCCAGUUCAACAAUUCCUCCAUCUUCUCCUUCUUGUCCAAUGACUCCUCAGAGCGACCCAGUGGAGGAAUAGGUAGUCCAUUUGAUGACAGAUCCAUCACUGCCCUGGAAGAGCCCAACGCAGACGUGGUUCUCAACGAGAUAAACAGCCAGUUUAGGAGUCAGAGUUCGAGAGCACCCUGACACCUGUGAAAAACUAGUGGCUCUAUUCAAUCUGUAUCACUGAAGGUCACGUUGCAGAUUGCGCAAUAGAAAUAUCAAGGUCAUUUCCGAUUGCGCCGACAUAUGCAGCGUUUACCGUGAAUGCCGUCUUGGCUAACRCGGGAACGUUGCCUUUAAAUUUCAAUCACGCUGUAACGCUGAACUUCUGCGAUGCGGAUUGAAUAGAGGCCUCCAGGUAGGCUGGUGGGGGAAGGGACUUACGUGACACGGUGUGUUUCAUAAUAGUUUUGAAGAAUAUAUGAAAUAGUUGCAUGUUAGUGUUGCAUUUUGUAGUUUAACGGAAAGGUGUGACAGAUCACACUGAAGAGAUGGGACAUCACCAAAGAGCUAGCAUGCUCAUGGAUUCCAUCUGGUUGACCUGGCAAUACUAUCAUGAACUCGCCUGGGCUGGUACCUAUGAUUGUGAAUAAUGCAUGUACUGAAAGGGUAUCUAGCACAGAGAAAACCCCCACUCAUAGAUCCCGAUGAGGUGCAUCCUUUGACCGCAUUCUACAUACUUCAUUGUUUUUCUCUGCAUUCUUCAGACACGUAAGUUAACUGAAGGUUAAAUAAAAAAAUAUACAAAAAUAAGCUAAUACCAA